AUGUCAGAACUUCAACUACUUUUGCUCCUUUCAACACUCGCCUCUGCCGCCGCCUUCACCCUGAACGCCAAGGAUUCGGAGCCGGUCAUCUCGCACUCCGGCCCCACCAACGCCUUGUACGGGCAUGAGAAAUUCUUCGACGAACCGCUGGACCAUGAGCAACGCGUGAAACGCGACGUCAUGUACGGCUACGGCUACAACAACCAGUACAACAACAAUGGCUGGCCAAAUCUUCUGCUUUCCGCCGAACCCCCCACCGAGUACCACAAGGGAUGGCUGACUGGCGAGCACAACCGCUACCGACGCAUGGUCCCCGCCACCGACAUGCGAAUGAUUUACUGGUCGGAGGAGUUGGCGAGGUCCGCGCAACGACAUGCCGACCGCUGCGACUUCCGCCACUCCAGAGACCGUGUCAACGUCGGUGAGAACAUCUGGGCCGCGCCCUACUCGAACUACUCGGAUGCUGUGUUGCGCUGGUUCGAUGAGGUGAACAACCCGCGGUGUGGGUGCUCGCAGGGCUACAAACAUUGCUGUGGACAUUAUAUUCAGGUGAGUUGAAGGGGGUAUUUUUGGGCUACGUUCUUGGUAAGGUCUGUUUUUGAAAGGGACUAAAAAAAUCGACUAGGUUACUUACUAGAGAGUCAUUUCAAAUAUGAAAAAUUAAAAAAAGUUUUUUUAUGCCCUGAGGCAUAAUAUUAGCUACUUGAAAUUUUGACAAUGUUAGCUAAAAAAACUAGGGCGCAGGUCGCCGAAGCUACGUCUAAGCCACCAAGAUACGUUUUAGAGGGCCAUUGCAGCUAUAAAAUACCAAAAUUUUUUCAUGCCCGAAGGCCUAAUAUUAUCUAUUUCAAAAUUUGAUGAAAUUUAGCUAAAAAGUUAGGGCGCAGGUCGCCGAAACUAUUUUUAAGCUUGCUUUCGGCCUGCUGCCGAGCUGCAAGCUGCACCCGGCCAACGGUUUGACGGUUUUCGAGCUGCGCCCUAUAACUUUUUAGUUCUUUUUCCGUCAUUAUUGGUACCGUUGACACGAAGGGUAUCUAUGUGGACUCAAAAAAAAAUGAUCCAAAUUUGCUUUACUGUCCCUUUAAUGACAACAAAAAGCACUGUUCUUUUUGUCAUCCUUUCCUCGAAUUAUCGAUUGAUUUCUCCCUUCGCCCUUUCGAUUUGUCUCUCGCCGGAAGUCGUACAUCUCCCCGCUGCACCGUUCGGACCAUCUUUUUUUUGUUGACCGCACAAUUCCUUCCGCUGAUUCGAACGUCCUUCACCGAACCCAUCCAUCGGCGGGGGGAUCCGUCGAUGAAAUGGGCGGAAGUGCGCUGCAUCGGGAUCGGGGGCAAAGGGGACGGGGCAUUUGAACACGCCAUUAAGCAAGUUUAAUCCCUUAAAAAUAAGGAAAUAAUCGCUGAAAUCUGAGUGCCUCCUAUUCCACUAAGACCCUAAGGCAUCUCCAUUAAUUUUGCCAAAGUUGAGCCACUUAUUCAACGAGUUACAUUCAGUGAAUUACAACAUUUUCGGCAAUUUACAUCCAUCACAUUUACGCGCCUUUCCCCCCGCACUCAAGGCCGUCGGAUUAGGAGAGCGACAACUUUACAACGGAAGUUCGUGUUGCUUUUUCUCUCUUCGCCUCCAUUUUGCAGUGGACAAGGUGUGGAACCGGUUCCGUGGCGUCUGGAACCAUCGCUCCUCCGUUGACGGAUCGGCCGCCCUAAAAGAGCAAAAAUUGCGGCGAAAGUGGGGUGACAAAUGACCGGAUGCGCCGGUGUACUCUGAGCUUGGGUCUUGGGGGAUUAAUAAUGAAAAAAAUCCAUAUUAUUUUCCCGACGGACGGAGACUUGUUCGUCCGGAAAGUCGCUGGAGCGAGCUUUGGUGAUUGCACGGUGCGGAAAAGUCGACAGUCCCCUGGCAAAACGUGUUGCUGCGACAAAUCAACAUUAUUUUCCCGACAAACGGAUAGUAGACUGUUUGGGAAGUAAUUUUUCGAGAUUGCACGGUGCAAAAAAAGCUUGGUGCAAGCAACAGCCGCCCCAAAAAUGCCUGGAAAAACGUGUUGCUACGAAGAGAUCCACAUUAUUUUCCCGACAGACGGUGACUAGACUGUUUGAAAGGUCGCUGGAGUGAGUUUUGGCGGUUGCACGGUGCAAAAAAAAGGCAUAGAGCGACAGCCCGAAAAAAGGCUAUUGCACGGUGCAAAAGCAAAAUUGCACAGUGCAGGGAAAUCCUCUGUAUACUAAAAAAACCAAAAAACCCGAAAAAUCAAAAUUUACCCUCAGGCUAUUCCGAGCAAACCUCUAAAUCUCUCAAUUUCAGCUGGUGUGGGCACGAACAACCCUGGUCGGCUGUGGAUACGCCCGUUGCCGCGACGUGUGGGGAGUGCUGGGACGCGGGCACAGCAACGUCUUCGUCUGCCACUACAAUCCACAAGGAAACACGGUAUUCAUUAAUGGAUACGGACAGCUUGUUGCGGUCAGUAGUUGCUCCGAAUAACUUUGAUUUUGUGUAAAAUUACCGUAGGAUUGAGGGCGCUAACAACUAGGGUCCACUAACAUGAAUAACAGUCUUUCCUAGAAUGGUGAAACUACAGGGGAACCUCGGUACAACAAAAACCUAUAACGAACAAUUUUUCGGGUGCUAAGGUCAUUUUUUUGCUGAUCUCCGCACAAUACCACCUUUUUACAACGUCACAAUUUUUUGAUCCCUUGCGAUUUGUUGUACAGAGGUUUGACUGUAACGGUUCGAUAAGAGGGUGAUUAAGGAAGACUAAGCCCAAAAAUGAAGUAGAAAUUAUCUACUAAGAACGUAUAUAGUACGUUCUUAGACCACCUUAACCAACACUAACGCCUAGGUGCUUUAUGCAGAGUGCAGUGACUACUAAUAACUAACAUUAAGUCUCAAUUCUUUACAUCAGAUCAAUCGGGAAAAUAAUGUGGUUUUGUCGCAGCAAUAUCUCGCCUUGCAACAAAUCUCCAGCCCUCACAAAACGAUGAUGGCCGAUUCUAAUCCACAUAAUUUUCCCGAAAACUGAUAUCUCUGACCCAGUCUUUUAUAAUCCCCUUAUAUCCUCCCUUUAACUAUGGUUUGCGGUGUCAUCUUCGCUAUCAUCGCGCUGUCCGAAAAAGAUCCAAAAAACCGCAAAGAUUGAAAUAAGCCCUUGAGGCAAUUUACUCGAAUUAUCAUCGUUCUCCUGGCAAGGGAAGUCUACAAAACUUUAUGAAAAUCCCCCAACUUUCAAGACUUCCCUUGCCGGAACGAAUAACUUCUAACCCUAAAAAAAGUGUGACUAAUCUCCCUUUUCACUUCCUCACGCCCAAAUUUAGCCAUUUCAGGCUCCCGCCUUCACCUGGGCCUACAACGACAAUCAGCGCUGCAGCCAGUGUCCGCCGGAGGCGCCCGCUUGCCACGAGGGCCUGUGCUACAUGCCCGAGAACUAUCGCGGAAACCAGACGACAGUGGCGAAGAGCAACGCCGACGUUGACGCCAAGAGCGGCCAGUGGAAUAACAACCGGCUGGCGUAG